AUGGAUGUAGAGUGCAGAUGGCCUGGUAGCAUCCAUGAUGCAAAGGUAUUUUCAAAUUCUUUUGUAAAGAAUAAGUUACAAUCUGGAGAGCUACCACAAACAUUCAACAAUCUACUACCUGGUCACAACCUGAUUCCAAACUAUGUUAUUGGUGACCCUGCUUAUCCUUUAACACCACAUUGUAUGAAAGAAUUUCAAUCAUGCAAGACUGAUGCUGAAGUGGUUUUUAAUAACAUGUUGAGAUCUGCCCGAAACUCCAUAGAGUGCGCAUUUGGUCAUUUGAAAGCGUGGUGGUUGAUUAUUACAAGAAAAAUGGACCUAAAACAUGAAACAAUUCCAAAAGUUGUUUUAUCAUGUUUUGUACUCCAUAACGUUUGUGAACUUCAUAAUGAUACCAUUGAUGAAGAACUUGUGAGAAGUCAAGUUGCAAGAAAAAGAUCGAUGGAGACUGAAUACCAAAAUGUCCCUGAUCCAGUUUAUUCUUGCACUACCGGGGAAGGUGAAGCUAUAAGGGAUGUCAUGACACAAUAUAUACAAGUAAACCUACCUGAUAGCUACUAA